AUGCUACUUAGGCAUGUGGCAAAUAGGGGUUUCUGCAAGACGUCGUCUCUCAUCCCGAGAACAGUUUCCAGAAUUGUGGUUUACAGACAUUACAGACGGAAAGGUGGAAGUAAUACUAAGCUAUUAGAACAUGUUCCAGGCAUUGCGACCUCUUCAGGUAUUGGCAAGAAUGAGAUCUUGCUUGCUGGUAAAUCUAAGGAGGAAAUCGAAUCAGGCCUGAAGAAAAUUGGGUUCGAAAAUACUGAUCAGCCAAGUGACAGUGCACAGGAUUUCUUUUUAAGGUACUUAAAACAUACGAAUGUCGUUUUUAAGAGUAGUUCCAAAAAUUUGAAUCACUUGAAAGAGGAAUUGAAGCAAUUGUCUGAUGACAGUGAAAAAUUUGAAGUUCUGAUUCAGUAUCUCUUAAGGGAAAGUGAACUCGAAAUUAAAAGAUACAAAUUGCUUGGGAAAGAUAAAAUAAUACAAAAGAAAUUAGACUCGUUGGCUGCAGAACAUGAAAAACAUAGUGGGUCGAUAUCUGAGCAGACUCUAGAAACCGUUGUGUUCAACAAUUUAUUCUUAGAUACACAAGAAGAGACAGAUAUUUACUUCACAAAUAUUAAUUUGAUACUUAAGAUUCUGCAGGAUUUAUGCAAAAACAUACCAAGAAAUACAAUGGCAAGAUAUAAGUCAGUUGUUCCGAUAAGUCUUUUGGUCGAACUUUUUGAAAUGUUCAAAUUAGUACCAUUGAGAAAAAAAAGAAAACUAGGCAUUCUGUUGGCAGGCAAGUUAAUAUAUGCAUCUAAAAAAGUCAGAAUGGAUCCAGUUAAUGAAUCUUUCUAUAUCAAUUCGCUUGUGGCAUAUGGAUUCUACAAGGAUGCUCUCAAACUAUUCCAAAGUUAUAAAUUGGAAGUAAAUCAAAGAUGGUGGAAUGAGCUUGGUAUGCUGAUCAUGUUGGCCAGUAACAACCUUCGAGGCUUCAGUAAUCUUCUGAAAGAGACUGAUAUUAAAUUUCCUAGCAGCGGUCACUAUCUCAAUAUUCGAGUAUUGAAGUUUGCCAUAAAGAAAUACAUUUUCAUCAAUAAUACGGAUGUUCUAGGAUCUUUAGUAGGUAGAUUAUUGAAAAUAUGUGACCACUAUGGAGUCAUAGCGCCCAAAGAAGGUACUUCACGUGGCAUAAUGUUCAAAACCCAAGAAGAGGCCAAUAUGUAUUUGAAUGAUAUGGAACUACCUAACGAGAAGCAUUUUACUGACAUAAUCCAAUAUUUUAUCCAUGCGAGGGACCUUGACAUGAUCGGUAAGUUAUUUGCCAAAUUUAUAGAAUAUUUUAGUGAUGAAAAGUCGUAUCUUAGUGCUAUCUUAAGCACAAAGAUAAAUCUCUUAAAAGACUUCACUGAACUGAAAGCGCUCAUCGCUUCCAACAACAUAUCCUCAGGCAAGCUGCAACUAUUUGAAGAGGCCUUCAAUAGGAUAAUUUCGAGGUAUGAUUGCAACGACUCAUUAACAAAUGAACUUCUCUUCGAUAAUUUGAACAGUUUUAUUUAUAAUCCCUUGCUAACGAAAACGAUUGAAAACGUUCUUACCUGUGAAUUAACUUCUCAACUUGACGAAAAUACUAACUCUACUGAUUUGCUACUUCAAAAUUCGAAAAACAUAGUCGGUCUUUUGAAAGUGUUGCUUUCAUUAAACAAGGAAAGUGAAGCGUUCAACGUAUUAGACAUUUUGGAAUCAAAGAGGAAUACCUUUACUCAGAAGGUUGCAUUGCCAUCAAAUGCCACUAUAAAUGCACACCAUUAUGGUGUCUUUCUAGACCAUUAUACUGCAAAAUGCAAAAAAACGGCCAAUAAAAGGACUAUCGAUGAUUAUAAUUCAAAGGUUAGACGAUUACUUACAAAAAUGAACAACAACAAGGUAAAGUUCAACUCUAUAUUUCUCUCUAAAGUUUUACGAUUCUACCGCAGUACUAAAAACUUAAACGAAUGUUUUAGAAUAAUCAAUGAUCUAUUGACGUCAAAAGAAAAUGAUAUUAAUGUCGAUAAUAAUGAGCUAUUUUAUGAUCGUAGAGGUGUCACAAGAUUACUAUAUUUGGAAAUUUGGAAAAUAUAUUAUGAUUAUAGCAUAUUACAUUAUCCAGAUGUUGUUCAAAAAUCAAACUCACCAAAUUGGAGAAGGAAUCGUAUUAAAUCGAUCUCCACUCUAAAGAUCAGACCCCAAUACGAUCUAGUUUGGCUGUUAAAAUUGAUGAUUAACGAGGACUCAAUUCUUCUGGACUCUCGUUUCUAUCAUUUAAUAGCUAGCUGUUUCAUGAAGGCGAGAAAUUUUGAGGUCGUACCAUGUGUACUUUCUUUGAUGUUCAAUAAUCAUGAUCUGAAAAUGAACUAUCAUCUUUUAAGGUUCAUUUCUGUUGGAAUUAAAAACGAAUUUAUUAUAUCGGGUAUGGAUAGGGUUCUUAAUGAAGGUGACGACAUGAAAGAGGCAAAUAGCUUUGCCACCAGUGAGUAUUACAAGAGAAAAGAAGCCGGUGAGUUUUUCACCAGUGGAUUUGAAAACUUCCAAGAUCCAUUAAAAGAAAUAAUAAAGCAAAUUUUAAAUCUAUUAAAAUUUAAAAAUCCUUAUGAUGUUAAUUACACAAGAGUACGUACUUACUAUGAACAGUUUGAGAUUGACCCAAGUUAUUUCAUGAAUAUUGUAAAUAAUAUGUAA